AUGAUUUUGCUUGCACCAAUAAAGGGAUGCCAUAUAAUUCAGAUACGAAGACCUGAAUUAUAUGGCACCCCUUUCGGUGUUGAGGGGUUAUGUGAUGCAUAUCUAACUGGAAUAAGAAACUCGAUUGUGUUGUGUGUUGAAAUUAUGGUGUAUUCAUUGUUGAUGUUCAACAUGUUAAAAAAACCCAAUUUUUGGCGGGAAACUAGAAGGGUUGUUAGACAAGUUAUGGUGUGUCUACAAAAAUGUUUCGCAGAAGUCGUGACAUCAAAAGAAAAAAAGAGGCAAAUAUUUAUAGAAUCUCACACUAGCUCGAUAGGUGGUCAUUCGCGUGAAAUAAAAACCGUCGACAAAAUAAGAAAAAAAGUUAAACGAUGUGCCACUUGCCAACAACAUGGAUCAUUGCCAUCAUUAAGAAAGGAAAUGACGCCUGCUAAGACGAGCCAGGUGUGGAAAUUGAUGGAUUUUUUGUCAAAAUGGCCUCUUGCAUACGCAUUGCCAAAUAAGAAUGCUGAAACAGUGACCAUUAGCAUGCUAAGAGUUUUAACCACAUUUGGUAUACUAAAAGCCAUACUCUCAGAUAAUGGGAGUGAAUUUAACAACAAGUUAAACGACGAAAUUUAUGUACGAAUUCAAAGGAGGAAAAAAGCGGUUUAUCAUCCACAAAAAUUGAAAAAACUGGUCAGUGAAACAGGGGCAGACUGGGCUUAUUAUCUUGACGUCUGUCUCUUCUCUAUGAGAACGAAACGGCAAAACUCUACGAAGGCUUCGCCGUUCGAAGUUAUGUUUGGUAGACGACCACCAAAAUUUAAGGAGAAUUUCAAUGAGAGUAUAGUUUUGGAUGGCUUACCUUCUUCUGAAGCUGUCGAAGCUGCAAUGAAUUUAGCUGUUGCUAAUAUCAAGAAAGCUACUAAACUUGUAAGAAGAGUCAUGUUAAUUUUAACGUUACCAUAG